AAAAUAACGUUAAAACAUAAAACUUUAGUCAUGUUCGAAGGUUAUGCUCUUGAUUGUUGUGACAUGUUGAUGAUCAAUCAACGUAUCUAAAAGAUUAAAUAAAUAAUGAUAUUUUUGAUAAUACUAUCAACCAAACUAAGUCUUAAUAAAAAAAAAAAAAAUCUAACCAAUAAUUAUACUAAAGAAAUAAUUAAAAAAUAAAAUUUAUCAUUCAAAAUACAAGAAAUAAAAAAAUGUUUUUUACAAAAUUUAUUCGUGAAUUUAAUGAUAAAUUAUUCAAUGCUAAACAACAAACAACACAAAAUGUACAAUUAAUGCAAAUAGCAUUCUUUAAAGCUGGAAUUAUUGUCAUAAGUUCAAUUGUUAUUGUAUGGAUAUCAAUAUUUCUUUAUACAGCAUUUUAUUGGGCAUAUAUGCCAAGUAUGAUACACAUGCGACCAGUUCAUCUUGAAUUUGAAUCAUGUGAAAAAAAUAAAGGAAUAUGUAGUUUUCCAUCAGCAAGUGUUCAAUUGACUAAAAAACAACAACUACUUAUGGUUGGCCAACCAUAUAAAAUUUAUUUACAUCUUGAAAUGCCUGAAUCAAAUGCCAACAAAGAACUUGGUAUGUUUAUGGUUUGUGCAAAUUUAUUUAGUCGUGAUGGUCACAUGGUUGAUAAAUCAUGUCGUCCAACAAUGUUACAUUAUCGAAGUGGUUUAUUGCAAAUUUUAAAAACACUUGUAUUUUCACCAAUGCUUGUGUUUGAUACACGUGAAGAAAAACAAAAUAUUGUUGUUGAAUUGUUUAGUAGCUUCAUUGAGAAUCAAAAUCAUCCAGUAACGUCUGUUGACAUACGAAUACAAUCACAAAAUAUUGAAUUUUAUUCAGCAGCAAUUGGUAUUCAAGCUCACUUGUCUGGUUUACGAUAUUUGAUGUUUCAUUGGCCCAUUAUAUCGGCCAUUAUUGGCAUUAGCACAAAUCUAUUUUUCAUAGCACUUGUUUGUAUAUUGUCUUAUCUACGUUUUGCUCCUGAAGAUAAUGGUACAAUUGAAUUAUUCACUUAUAAAAAAGAUAGCAAAGAUGAAUCUACAAAUGAUAAAUUGUCACUUGAAUCAUUAACAGUAAAUGAAACUUUAAUGUUGGAUGAUGUACAAAAUUUCAGUGAUGAUAUAACUGAUACAAGUGAUCAUGAUUCAUCAAUGUCACGCUUUAUUGAAGAAUUAAAACCAACUGAUGAACCAUCAACAUCUGUAGAUUAAAUGUUGAUAUUCAUUUUAUCAAAUGAUAAAAUUAAUUCAUAAAUAUUUACUCAGAGAAUCCAGAAAAAGGUAUUUAAAAAAAUUCAAUUUAAUUUUAUAAAAUUUUCUAAUUAUUAUUCAACAAUGAAAUACAUAAAGUUUAUUAUAAAAAAAAGAAAAUAUAUUAUCCAAAAAUUUUACCAGCGAAUUUAUUAAAUUUUGCAUACUGCAUGUUUUUUCAUAUAUAAAAAUAAAAAAUUGAUGCUUAUCAAUCACGAAAUAAAAAAUUUUCAUUUUACAUAAUAAAAAUUUUUAAAUUUAUAAAUAAAUUUAUCAUUUUUUAUUAAAAUAAAAAACAUAAAAUGAACAAAAAAAAAUUUUUCAAAUCCAAAUUUAUAUUUUUUUAUAUAAAUCAACUUUUUUUUUACGUUACAUUUUUUUUAUUUUCUAUGUAUACUUUGUUUGGGUAAAUGAAAAAAAAAUGAGUGUAUAAAUUAAAAAAAAAAAAAAAAAAAUUAUAUAUGUAUAAUAAAGAAGUUUAAUAUAUUGACACAAGUAUUUUUGAGAAAAAAAAAAAAUAUUAUAUAGUA